AUGAGUCGUGGAUCCAUCAGGCUGGUGGGUUCUGGGGGAGACUGUGCAGGGAGGCUGGAGGUUUUUCACAGCGGCUCAUGGGGGACAGUGUGUGAUGACUCCUGGGAUAUUAAAGAUGCCCAUGUGGUGUGCAGACAGCUGCAGUGUGGAGUGGCCCUCAGUAACCAGCAGGUACCAGCCUGGUUUGGUCCUGGUUCUGGACACAUAUGGCUGGAUGAGGUGGAGUGUGAGGGGAAUGAGACGUCCCUGUGGAGCUGCUCUUCUUCAGGCUGGGGAAAACAUGACUGUAAUCGCAAGGAGGAUGUAGGAGUCGUGUGCUCAGAUUUUAAAGAGAUCAGGUUAACUGAGGGCUGUGAAGGGAAUGUGGAGGUUUUCUACAAUGGAUCCUGGGGUAAUGUGUGCUGGAACCAGAUGGACAGAGACACAGUCAGUCUGAUCUGUCAAGAGCUGAACUGUGGAAGAUCUGGUGUUUUGUCUGCUUCUACACCAAGAGUAAAAUCAGCUCCUAACUGGCUGGAUAAAGUAACAUGUCGACCACAUGAUUCAAAUCUGUGGCAAUGUCCAUCUUCACCCUGGGGACAGAAUGACUGCAAUGAAGAUGAAGUCACCAAAAUCAACUGCUCAGGCCAAUCUAAAAUGUACACCGGAUACUGA